ACACGGCAGAGCGGAAUGCAGCGGACCGUUCGUUCGAUGCUUCGGCAGCAUGGCUGUCGGAGGUUUGUUUCAGAUCACGGCGCAGCGGACGCGCGGAGAGCACUUCGGCAUCUCCUCGAGCAGGGUAGGUGCUUCGCGAGCGUCACGCUGCAGACGAUGGACACGCCGAACCCACAGGUGGAUAUGUGAAUAGGGAGGGAGGACAAUGAAAGAAUGCUGUUGACUGUCAUGUCUGUCUGUCUGUCUAUCCGUUCGUGUGUCAGGCGAAGAUGUUUGAGGCUCGUGAGUCGUCGCGUGCGCAGGCCGUGACGAUAUUGCCCGACGAGGUCAAGGAGAACAGCUUCUUCUACCCAUCGCAGAGUGGGAACACCACAUGAGCACGACACGGCGCUGUUCGCCGCACUGUGUAUCCGUCUGUCGUGCGCAUCGCAUCUGUGUGUGUCGUCAGAGAACCCCCCAUCGCCCCUUGCUGCGUCACUCCUGCAGGUCAGUUCUAACCAGAGAGCAGUCGAGAAACACACGAGGCGGACUGAUGUGUGCCAUGUGUUGGUCAGAUCCCUGGUGUGAAGAGUGUGUUGCUGGGCCACAGCUACGUGUCGGUGACCAAGGAGGACACGUCUGCGUGGGACGAGCUGGAGCAUCACCUCAGGGAGAUGCUCAAGAGCCACCUCGACCAAGAGAAGACCAUCAUCGAAACAGAAGGUGCCUGCGAACGGCCCAUCACAUAAUCCACGUAGCUUCGUUCUGGGUGCAGUGUGUCCUUGCUGCAUGUGUGUGGUAGGUAUGGGUGAGCCCGCUGCGGCCAAGGAGGAAAGCCCCAGAGGUGAGGGCGAAGACGAUGAAGACGGAGAGGACGACGACGACGACGAAGACGUCGUGUCGAAAGUAAAGGUACGUCAAAUCAAUCCGCCGACCCGAGUGCCGUCUGCAUGACACUGUGUUUCAGUUAGUCACGGUCGCUUGGCUACCUGUGUUGCCUUCUUCAUGUGUGUCUGUCAGAGCCUGAUUGAUAUCCGUGUGCGGCCCUUCGUCCAGUCGGAUGGUACGGUACCAACACACACACGCCCAUGGGGGGGAUGCAAUCGGUGACACGGGGUGAGGUGAUCGGGUGGGGUGCUGUGUUUGUCUCCCGUGCGGUGCGGUGGGUGCGUCAGGCGGCGAUGUGGAGUUCAUUCGAUUCGACGACGCCAACGGGGUAAGUCAGUCAGUCAUGUGGCACUCACUUGUCUUGUUGCAUGUGAUGUGUGAUGCGAUCGAUGUAUGUAUGUAUUGGAUGGCAUGCAAUGCAUUGAUUGCAUCAUGGCCAUGCAUGGUGUUGUGUGCACUGCAGGUCGUGUGGGUGCACAUGAAGGGUUCGUGCGAGGGCUGCCCCAGCUCAACCAUCACCGUCAAACGCGGAAUGGCCGAAAUGCUCAAGUACUUCAUCCCUGAGGUAGGGAGGGAGGUGUGGCACACACGACCACUCGUAAAAAUGUGCUGUCUGUCUGUCUGUCUGUAUCUACCUGCCGCCCUCCCCUCCCCUCCCUGCCCCCUCCCUGCCUGUGGACCGAUUGACUGCCAAGGUUGAGGAUGUGCGGACGUGUGACGAGAAUGGCGACCCCUUGGACGAGGGCGAGGAUGACGCGUGAAUCAAUCAAUGGAUGGCGGCCCCCGGCAGACCUGCAUACAUGUGCUAACUAGCUUGUGAGAGCUUGUUGGUUGGUUGAUGUGUGUGUCAAUGUUGUGGCUGCUGGUUCCCGGGCCGCUGUGCACUGCAGGAAGGCACAAUCAGACACAAACGAUUGCUGCCCCCCUAAGUUGUGCGGCGUCGUGGGAAGCCACAGCCACAGCACCACACACCAUGUGAUGUGUGCUGCGUCGAGUUUUUGACCGACCCACAGACAGAGAUGCGGGGACAGCCGAUGUUCUAGCGCUCACCUCGACGCCAUGGCCUUUUUCUUGGCCGGUGGUGUGGGUGUGGAGGGAUCUUGUACAGAGAGGCAGGCAGACAGACAGCGUGGCUGGGUUAGAUUGACCGAGUGCGUGUGUGUGAGUGUCUGUCUGUCUGUCUGUCUGUCUGUGGCGAUGUAGGGUGGUGGUGCGUGGUGUACAGCUCAGAAGGUAAGAGGUAUACGAUGGUAGGUUGGGUUGACCAACUCUCAGCAAAGCAUGCAUCUACACGAGUCCAUUGGUUGAGAGUCCAAGAGAGAAACACUUAGCUGUCGAUUGGAGGUCGCGCACCAGCACGGAGCGUUAUCCCGACAGGCAGACAGACACGCCACGACAUGCAAUGCUAUGCUAUGGUACGGUGGGUGACUCAUCUUCAAUUGGCAUGACUGACACA